AUGGCAAAGGAUCUUACAGGGGCGAAUCAAAGUUCUGUGACUGAAUUCAUCCUUCUCGGGUUCUCAAGCCAGCCCCAAAUGCAGAAGCUGCUGUUUGCGAUCUUCCUGACCAUGUACCUGAUGACCCUGCUAGGGAACGGCCUUAUUAUCAUCCUUAUCAGGACAGACUCCCGUCUCCACACACCCAUGUACUUCUUCUUGGCCAACCUCUCCUUCUUGGACAUCAGCUAUAGUACCACUAUCGGGCCCCAGAUGCUGCUACACCUCCUCUCCCAGAGGAAAACCAUCUCCUUUGCUGGCUGCGCUACCCAGAUGUACGUCUUCCUGUCCCUGGGGAUAACUGAGUGUGUCCUCUAUGCUGUGAUGGCUUACGAUAGGUAUGCCGCCAUCUGCCACCCGCUGCGCUACACCCUCAUCAUGAGCAGGCCUCUCUGCCUCAAGAUGGCCGCCGGCUCGUGGGCCUGUGGCUUCUUCUUUGCCAUGAUGCAUACUGGCUUCACCAUGCAGCUGCCUUAUUGCGGCCCCAAUGAGAUCAACCACUUUUUCUGUGAGGUGCCGGCCAUCUUGGAAUUGGCCUGUGCAGACACCCGGGUCAAUGAGCUGGUGGACUUUGUGGUGGGGGUGAUUGUGCUCAUGAUCCCACUUUCUUUCAUAGUGGUAUCGUACGCUUUUGUCUUAGCAGCCAUCUUGAGCAUCCGUUCAGCCGAAGGAAAGUUCAAAGCCUUUUCCACCUGCACCUCGCACAUCACCGUGGUGACGCUUUUCUACGGGGCUGCCAUGUUCAUAUACAAGCGCCCAGCAUCCAGCUACGAGCCAGAGAGGGACAAGAAGUUCUCUCUGUUUUACAAUGUGGUGACUGCUCUUUUGAAUCCAUUUAUCUAUAGCCUAAGGAACAAUGAUGUCAAAGGAGCCCUGGUCAAGCUGGUUUUCAAACAGUAA